UGUAUCCUGAAUAAACCUCUUCCCCCAAGAGCACCACAGAGAUCUCGCCUGAAUCUGUCCGUGGAAUACAAAUACACGUCGUUACAGACUGGCGCCCAUCGUCGAAUACGAACCCACGGUGACCUGCAACUGCACCCGUCUGGAUGCUUUCCAGCUUUUCUACCUGUAGGACACCUUUCCAUGGACACUAACUAAAUAACCAGGUAUUUCCUCGCCAUCGUAAUCGCGAGCACGGCAUUCUGCUGCUAGGCAGUAACGAACCGGAGCUCUUUAAAAAGUCCCGAAGCCGUCGUACAGCUCAGCGACUCGUUACAUAGUAGCGAGCUAUUAGAGCCCUUAUACGACUUCUGGCCAUUAUUCUCCGAGCACAAGAGAUCGCCGCGAUUCCGCGGCGACCCAAGGCUUUGUGACGAGACUUGCCGCACCACGUGGCCACGUACACAAAGCACAGGCGAGCACUGCUGAGCACUGCCCGCGCUGAAGCUCUGGAGAAAACCCCGCGGUGACCUCAGCACCGACUGCAGUAAACGUCGGAACCUGACAGAGGAUCCCGCUCCUGCGACAUCGAGGUGACCCACCAGAUGAUAAGAUCGAACAUCAGGCGAAUCUACCCAAAAUGGUAUUGGAUGAUGUCAAAAAGAUGGCUCGCAGAGCCUUUUUGCAGAUUCAGCCAGCGGGAACUUCCGAAGAAGCAUACAAUCUAGUUACCCAAGGCUCAUCUGAACCAUUCACCACAUUUGUAGACCGGGUAAUUCAAGCUACUGAAAGGCAAUGUGGUGAUGAUUUGGCCCGGCCGAUAAUGAUCCGGGACAUCCUCGAAAAUAAUGCCAACGCCCAAUGCAAACGAAUCAUCAAGGCCCUAGGAAAAGAAAAACCUACAGUGCCUGAGAUGAUUGAAGCGUGCAACUAUGUUGGGAGCCCACAUGACGUGGCAGUCGUCCAAGCACAUGAACCCGAAGAAACCCGGGGAGAUAAACUGGAAAGGGCUCUUGCAGCACAAGCACAACAGGCAGAAGCAAGAGACCAGAGACUUACGGAACUUCUAACUGCCCUGCAUCUCAGCUCCCAACAACAAUACAACACCAUGGCUGUCAUGCAAGCUGCUCUGCCUUUAGGACCCUGCUACCUCUGCAAAAAACCUGGCCACAUUGUAAAGGAUUGCACAGAAGUCAACAAAAGCCCACAAACGCCUGAUUCGUGCACCACCUGCAAAAAAGGAAAACAUAUGCCCUGGCAGUGCCGAUCCAAACAAGAUGCGAGUAGAAGACCUAAUCCAAAAAACUCCAAGGCGAGCGCGCCGCGUCACCGCGUGAUGAAACAAAUGGUGGCCCCCCAAAACCCCGAGGCACCUGGUGCACUCUGGCGACCUCCAAGCCAACAACCUUCUUAAAGGAUGAUGGCUACGACUAUAUUUCGACAGGAACCACUGGGCCUUCACAACUCCGGCAAGACUUUCUAAUAGUUGGCAAAGAAAGGAAUUGCAUCCUGGGGCUACUUGUUCUACCUUGUGUAGUCUCUGCUAACUGCAAUGAAGAACUAUUAGUGUUAGCCAAGGCUUACUACCCCCCAUUGCAUAUUCCACCUAAAACCCCUAUAGUCAUUGCCAUUGCACUGCCUAUGGGAGCCAUAGACCAGAUACCACCACGUUGUUUCCCAGUCGCUUCUGAAAACCCCGAGGUCCUAUGGGUUCAACACAUAAGUGACCAAAGACCAAUGCUAACUUGUGAACUAUCAAAUGGCGGGGUUCGAGUCACCAUCAAGGGGAUGAUUGACACGGGGGCAGACGUUUCUGUAAUUUCUUCUUGUUAUUGGCCUACUGAUUGGAGGUUGGUACCUCCCCCAAGCACUCUCACAGGCAUCGGAGGUGUCACUCCGUGCUUGCAAAGCGAAUCUGUGAUCAGCAUUGAAGGGCCUGACAGAAUGAAAGCAUUGAUUCGCCCUUAUGUGGUUCAGAAACCCAUCACAGUAUGGGGAAGGGACUUGCUUUCUGCAUGGGGAGCUAAAAUUGAACUGGGUUUUUUGUAGGGGCCACUAAAGCACUCAGCACUCCGAAACUGACCUGGAAGACUGACACCCCUGUCUGGGUCGAUCAGUGGCCCCUGCCAGAUAACAAGCUGAGUGCCCUCAAAGAACUGGUAGCAGAACAACUGCAGAAGGGCCACAUUAAGCCCACUAACAGCCCCUGGAACUCACCUGUAUUUGUGAUCCAUAAGAAAACCUCUAACACCUGGCGACUGCUACACGAUCUCAGAAAAAUCAAUGCAGUGAUCGAAAACAUGGGCCCACUCCAGCCUGGCCUGCCCAACCUGUCCAUGAUACCCAGAGACUGGCCUCUUAUCAUCAUAGAUCUGAAAGACUGUUUCUUCAACAUCCCUCUGCAUCCAGAUGACGCUCCUCGUUUUGCCUUCUCCGUCCCGAGUACGAACUUACAAGAACCGCUUCAGAGGUAUCACUGGCUUUCCCUCCCCCAAGGAAUGAAAAACUCGCCUACUAUCUGCCAAUAUUUCGUCGCCCGCGCGCUGACUCCAGUCCGCCAAAAGUUUCCACAAUCCGUUAUCCUUCACUACAUGGAUGAUCUGCUUAUUGCAGCACCAACACAAGAGCAGAUGAGAGGGACUUGUAGUUAUGCUGUUGCUGAAGUAAAAAAGGCUGGACUUGUGAUCUCUGAAUCAAAAAUACAAGAAACUGCCCCCUGGAAGUAUCUAGGCUGGAAACUAACAGAUCAGUCUAUUUCCCCCCAAAAGAUACAAAUCCGAACCGAUGUCCGCACUCUACAGGACUUACAACAGAUCUUAGGGGAAAUUAAUUGGGUUAGGCCUGUCUUAGGAAUAACUGCUGAUGAACUUGCUCCACUUUUUGAUCUGUUAAAGGGAGACAAUGAACUCAGAUCCCCCAGGUCUCUCACUCCAGAGGCUUAUAAAGCCCUAGAACACAUCACUGACGCUCUGCAGAACAGGCAGGCACAUCGCUAUGUUCCUGGUCAACCCUUUUUCCUUGCAAUCCUGGGAGAAAAGUUGAGGCUGUGCGGCCUCAUCUUCCAAUGGGACUCUUCUCUCAAGGAUCCACUGUUAAUAAUUGAAUGGGUUUUUAUUUCCUAUAGGUCACCAAAGACAAUCCUCACACCUUUGGAGAUGAUGUCACAGAUCAUCAUCAAAGGCAGAGCAAGGCUCCUUUCAAUAGCAGGCCGCGAGUUUGAAACUAUUUACCUGCCCAUGAAGAAAACAUAUUUUGACUGGGCUAUGCAAAAAUCGGAGGACCUGCUGUAUGCCUUGCUGAACUUCCCAGGCACCUGCUCAAUUCACUACCCAGCACACAAAAUGAUCAAAGCCAAGUUAUGUUAUAAGGAGAAGCCCCUGAUCAGUGAAGAACCUUUAAAUGCAAUUACUAUCUUCACUGACGGGUCAGGCCGAACACACAACUCAGUUGUUACAUGGCAAAAUACAAAAACUAAAACCUGGGAACAAGAUGUCCAAAAA